AUGCGGCCUUCCCAGGAUCAGGGUCAGGGUGACAACCAGGAAGUCAUCAUUGGUGGCCAGUCCCAAAUUCUGACCAUCCACAAGCAAUGGCGUGUGGCAGUUAUCACCCAAACAACCUCCACUGGCUCCUGGAAAACCAUCUGGAACUACAACACGGGCAUCAUUGCAACCAAAGUGACGCAACAGAACACCUGCUACAUUUCCAUCAUGAACAAAAACGAGAUGCCCAGCUUUAACAAUCUGGCCAGACUGGCCAGAGAGAGCAGGAACCAGGUCGGUCUUGGAAGAUUUACAAGGAAGAUCACCUUUGUGACCAAGGGAUUGGUCAGCAACCUCCAGUCUUAUGGAGCAGACAUCUUCUCUAUGUGCAGCGGAGUCACCACCUACAUGGCUCAUGAAGUUCAUGCAACUCAAGACGGAUGA